AACUGGUAACGGGGUUGGUAAGGAGAUUGGGCAAUUAGAAUCUCGUCUUCAAAAAUGGUACCUCAAAACCUUGCUUUCUUUACCAGAACAGAUCAAACCCGGUGCACGUGAAGAGGAAAAGCCUUGUGCUUAAAAUGGGUUUUGAAAAAGUGGUUAUCAUAGAUGCCAAAGGGCAUUUAUUGGGAAGAUUAUCUUCAGUAAUUGCUAAAGCAAUACUUCAAGGACAGAGAGUUGUUGUUGUAAGAUGUGAAUCAAUUAACAUAAGUGGAAACUUUUACAGAAACAAACUCAAAGUUUUAGAUUAUUUGAGAAAACGAAUGAAUACAAACCCAUCUAGAGGUCCAUAUCAUUUUCGAGCUCCUAGUAAACGAUUAUUUAAGGCAGUCCGUGGAAUGAUUCCUCAUAAAACUAAACGUGGAAUGGAAGCACUCAAUCGCCUUAAGGUCUUUGAUGGUGUUCCUCCUCCUUAUGAUAGAAUGAAGAGAAUGGUUGUUCCUUCAGCUCUUAGAGUUGUUAAAUUAGCACCUGGACGUAAAUAUUGCACACUAGCACGUUUAUCAUCAGAAACCGGCUGGAAAUACCAAGCUAUUAUUGAGACUCUUGAGGCAAAACGCAAAGUUAAAUCAGAAAUUUACUACAAAGCAAAGAAAGCUGCCCUUAAAGCUAGAGCUAACGCGGAAAAACAAAUUGUAUCUGCUUAAAUGGAAUAAAAUGUUAGAACCAA